AAGAGAGCGAGAAAGAUGUGAACGUCGUAGUUUUUUUCUUCUGUUAACGAUAAUCACGUCCUGUACGGUAUUCAGUUGUUGCGGGGUUCAGACCACAAAUACUUAGGCUAUUCCCGGGAGCUCACGGCAACGGUGGAAUUUACCCCAGGCACGUCGCUGGUGCACGAGGCUCUGCAGUCAUCGACACACGGUCCCAGGAUUUCUCUCACCGCUCUCCUGUCCUCUCUCCCCAUCUUCUUUUCAGUUUUCUUCGCAGUGAGGGAUGAAACGCUCUGUCAGCUGACAUUUUUACUGCAGCAGCUGCGUGAACAGACCAAUGGAGCAAUGACGUGUGUCGGCAGAACAGUGUGACUGUACGAAGAGAACCGGGAGGUGACUGGCUGACCCAGGGAGGAGAGAGACAUAUUCUGAGACAAACACACACAAAAAACUGAGCAGGGCUGUGUGAGUGUGUGUUAAACUCUCAGACGGAGUCCUGAUCUAAACCGAACGCCGACACUCCCACAUGUCUCCCCCGUCUCCCCCCACCCCUAUCCUCUCUCUGCCCUCCUAUCUACUGUGUGUCCUCUCCAUGUUCCUGUUCCUGUCCAGACUGAGGGGCAUCCUCCCCCCUCUCCUCUCCCUUGUCCUGUCCCUCCCCCCUGCUGCUAGCCAGUCAGUCAUCACCACGUCCCAGGGCAGACUGAGGGGUCAGUUGACCCCCCUGCCUUCUGACCUGCUGGGCCCUGUGGUCCAGUACUUGGGGGUCCCCUACGCCCGCCCCCCAACCGGGGAGAGACGCUUCCAGCCCCCCGAGCCCCCACUGUCCUGGCCAGGGGUGAGGAACGCCACCCAGUUCUCCCCCGUCUGUCCCCAGCCUGUAGAGGAACACAGCCUGUUGACAGAGAUGUUACCUCUCUGGUACUCUGCCAAUCUGGACAUAGCCAGCGCAUACCUGGCACAGCAGAGUGAAGACUGCCUCUACCUCAAUAUAUACGUCCCUACUGAGGAAGACAUCCACGAUGAGGGCGGUCUGCGGCCAGUGAUGGUGUAUGUCCAUGGAGGUUCUUAUUCUGAAGGGAGCGGCAACAUGAUGGACGGCAGUGUCCUCGCUAGCUAUGGAAACGUCAUUGUCAUCACAAUCAACUACAGGCUGGGAGUACUGGGAUUCCUCAGUAUGGGUGACCAGGCAGCUAAAGGCAACUAUGGUCUGUUGGACCAGAUCCAGUCUCUGCGCUGGGUGAAGGAGAACAUUGCUGCAUUCAGCGGAGACCCAGACAGAGUCACUGUGUUUGGCUCCGGGGCUGGAGCCUCCUGUGUCAGCCUACUAACUCUGUCCCACUACUCUGAGGCAUGCUGUGUAUCAGAUCUGUUCCAGAAGGCGAUCAUCCAGAGUGGGACAGCCCUGUCCAGCUGGGCGGUCAACUACCAGCCAGGGAAGUAUGCAAGGCUGCUGGGGGACAAGGUGGGCUGCAGCCUGGAGGACUCAUCAGAGCUCAUCGUCUGUCUGCAGGGGAAGACCUACCAGGAGCUGGUGGAACAGAAUAUCACUCCAGCUAAAUACCACACCGCCUUCGGACCUGUCAUCGACGGUGAUGUCAUCCCUGAUGACCCCCAGAUACUCAUGGAGCAGGGAGAGUUCCUCAACUAUGACAUCAUGCUGGGUGUGAACCAGGGGGAGGGGCUUCAGUUUGUUGACGGGAUGGUGGACAGUGAGGAUGGUGUCUCCAGCGACGAUUUUGACUUUGCCGUGUCGGACUUCGUGGACAGUCUCUACGGCUACCCAGAGGGGAAGGACACGCUGAGAGAGAGCAUCAAGUUCAUGUACACAGACUGGGCCGACCGGGAGAACCCUGAAACGCGGCGGAAGACGCUAGUCGCGUUGUUCACUGAUCACCAGUGGGUGGCGCCGGCGGUGGCCACAGCAGACCUCCAUGCCCAGUACGGAUCGCCAACAUAUUUCUACUCCUUCUACCACCACUGUCAGAGUGACGCGUCGCCCGCCUGGGCUGACUCCGCCCAUGGAGAUGAGGUGCCGUAUGUGUUUGGUCUGCCGCUGAUCGGCCCCACGGACCUCUUCAACUGUAACUUCUCUAAGAACGAUGUGAUGCUCAGCGCCGUGGUCAUGACAUACUGGACCAACUUCGCCAAGACAGGAGAUCCUAACCAGCCGGUGCCCCAGGACACCAAGUUCAUCCACACCAAACCCAACCGUUUUGAGGAGGUGGCCUGGGCCAAGUACACUCCCAAGGAACAGCUGUACCUGCACAUCGGCCUGAAGCCACGCGUCAGAGACCACUACAGAGCCGCCAAGACAGCUUUCUGGCUACAGCUGGUGCCCCACCUCCACAACAUCAACGAGUUGCUGCAGUAUGUGUCCUCUGCAACCCACAGCCCUCCCCAGGACACCACCCCCCACUCCUACACCAAGCGGCUGUCUAAAGGCCUGGGCCUGGGUAGCACGCGACACCCCAACCCCAACCCCCCUGCCACGCCCCAGGCUCCAGCACUGCAGGGGGAGGAGCUGCAGGUCCCCCACCCCGUCAUGGAGGACUACUCCACUGAGCUGAGUGUUACCAUCGCAGUGGGAGCCUCACUCCUUUUCCUCAACAUCCUGGCCUUUGCAGCUCUGCUCUACAAGAAGGACAAACGCAAGAUGGAACACCGGAGGCUGCCACGCCCACCUCCACGCCGUGACAUCAUGAACGCUGACAUCACACACCAACUGCAGGGGGAGGGACUUCUGAAGCAGCUGGAGGCUGAGGCUCUGCACCAACACAACACGCUGGAGAUACACGACACACACAACAUACACCACACACUGGAGGCUCUGGACACGCUGGACACACAGGACAUCUACAACACUCUGGACACCCUGCGACUGACCUGUCCACCUGACUACACCCUGACCCUGAGACGCUCCCCUGACGACGUGCCCCUGAUGACCCCCAGGUCCCUGCCCAUGACCCCUGGUUCUCACCCUGCCACCCCCAUGACCCCUGGAUCUGUUGUGGGGGUGCAGCCCAUGCAGGGCUAUAGUCCUUACAGUAACACUCACCUGCCCCAUACACACACGCACACACACCCCAACACACACACACAUUCUACCACACGUGUAUAACCACAGACAGAGAUGGGGCAGAACGAUGCAGGAUAGUUUCUCCAGCACCUAAGAUGGCGGAAUGAUCCAGUGUGCCGUGUUGCAUGAAUAGAACAAUGAGGGAGCGGAAGUGAUGAACUCUGGGAGAUUAAGUAAUGUGCAUCAGUAAAAAGAACAUUAUAAAUGAGAACGUCCAAUAUGGCUGUCAAUUUGGUCCAUACAUCAUGGAAACAUUGCUUCUAUAAGCUGCGUCCGAAAUGGCUGAAGUUGCCAUGUGACUCGCCCUGGAGCGGGGCUGCUGUGAUGUCCAGAUCAGACUACUGACUGAACCCUCUGGGAACAACUUGAAGAACCUGUGAAAUGUGAAUGUAGAAUAUUUCAAUUGCAAUGAAAUCCUUCAGAGGAUCAAUGUUCCCUGUAGCUCUGUGCUCAGCCAGGCCAGGGAUGUAGUCUGAAGGACAGACAGACACACAGACAGACAGAGAACAACAGAUGGACAGGGGCAGAGACAGACUGUAUUCAUAGCACCUGGGACAAAUUCCUCUGAAUGGUUCAACAAUAACAAGUUCAACGGUCCGAAGAUCUACCAACCAGCAGUCUGUUCAAAUAUGUAAAUAACUUGUAAACAUAAUGGGGAAAAGAUGGUAAGAUUUAAAGCUUUUACUGUUUUAUUGCAUUCAAAUAUGUUAUUUAACGACCGUAGGUUUUAAUUUGAGUUGAUUAUAAAUGUAUAGGUCCCCAGAAAAAGAUGUAACUUGACGCUUGACUAACCCUGACCACAUCUAACAAGAUGUAAACCCUGACCCUAACACUAACCCUGACCACAUCUAACAAGAUGUAAACCCUGACCCUAACACUAACCCUGGCCACAUCUAACAAGAUGUAAA